AACUAGCAUUCUGCAGGUGGCUUCUAGCACAGAAGCUGAGCAUCCUGCAAUGGUAACACAUUUGAGCUGCUGUGCCCUAAAUGGAUUUCCACAUUUAUAUAAUGCUUUAGAGUCUGAUGCAGCUCAACAUUAUUUCCCUGAUCGCAGGAAAGAGUUGUUCACAGGAGCCUCAGCUUCCCAACUCUUGAACCUCGUCCAGUCAUGUCUUGGAAAGUUCCCAGAACAGGGUGUAAGCUCUGCAGAUAACCUGCUUCUCUGCUGGAAUGUCUUUGCAGCAGGAAAGUUUGUCCUUAUAACCAGACUGAGGGCCUCUUGUUUGAAAUUAGCCCUAUUUUCUCUCGUCCUCCCAGCACUCAUCACUGUAAAGAGCUUUUCUAAGUCUCGUCAGAAACCUCACUAUAUAUAGUAGGGAACUGCCAUGAGGACCCUUCGAAAGAUGAGUAGUUCCCGUUCCUAGCCUCAGCUCUCAGCCUGUCCUCGUAUGAGAGCUGCUCUAUUCCUGGGAUCAUCUUUGUGGCCCUCCUCUGGACGUGCUCCAACAGCCUUACUAAGGCUCGUCAUUCCAAUUCGCAGUAGGGCUUUACAGCAUGCCUUUGGAAGAGCUCCACGAGCCUCAACAGCGUUGAAUGGAACGGUCUGCCUGCAAAUAAUACCAAGCAGCCCGGCCCGGCCCGGCCCUGGGAUGGCACCUAUUGCUCAGCAACAACUGCUGACGCUGACGUAUUGCUAACGCUGUCUCAACCGGAACCAGAACGUCCCAUUCCGCACGUCCAAGCACCCACAGUGACGCCGGUACGGGUCAGUCCCAUCGGGGCCUCUUGUGACGCGCCCAUGGAACACCUGGGGCUACCCGGCACCGAAACAGCAGCCUCGCAGCGUCCAGGAGGAUGGCGACGAGACAAUCCGAGAACAGCCCGGAUCCCGAGGAAGCCUCCGAUUGGACCGAUGCUGUUCUCCCGGAGUCCCUGUCCCUCUGUUCUUCGACGACAGAGUCAGAUGACCAAGAGUUGUUAGAGGAGACCGAUGAUGCUUCCGCUGCCUCCGACGUCGAACAGCUGGAUGACACGGAGAAGGCGGACUGCGAGUUCUUCUGGUCCUUCCUCGCCUGCCCGGAGAAGGAGCUGGAUGCGAUGAUGAGGUUCCUGGCCUCCCUCCGCACAGUCUGCAAGCUGCGGCUGGAGGGGAGGUACCUGCCUGACGGCAAGCUAGAAGCACAGCACGAGGUGCUACUGCGAGAGAAAUUCCCCAGCUACAAGUGCCCAGUGAAGUGCCUGGGCAGGCACACCGUACUCAUCAUCGCUGCAAAGAGCAGUGAGACUACAGACCAGAUCAGACAGCACCUCAGCCCCUGCAUUAGCUACAUCUGCUCUCUCGCUGAUCAGAGUGAGAUGGACACCUUUGAUGUUCCCCUCUACGAUCAGCUCCAGAAAUCUCUGGACAGCAUGCUGCAAACACUGCUGCAUCUUUGGCCAGGCUUCGCCACCCUCGACCUGGUGAUCAUGAAGGCUCUGAUGCCCUGCAUCAACUCUGAGAGUGUGAGAAUGCGCCGGUGUGCCAUGGAGAGGAUUGCCACCUUGAGCAAGGUCCUGGUCCCAGCUUUUCUGAUGGAGGAGGAAAUCAGAGAUGACGAUUUCUUCUUAGAGAAGAAGUCUGAGAUUUUCCUGGGGCAGCUGUUGGGACACCUCACUCUGUGCUAUGCUGAGGAGGACGAGGACAUCAGGCAUGGGUCGUUAGAGGUUCUGCAUGCCAUCCACAGAACCCUGGCAGUACACCAUGGUUACGAGUUCAGAUAUGGCAAGCCCAAACUAAACACAGAGGAAGGAUCCUGGGACCACUUCUGCCCCGUGUAUGCUGUCGCGAAUACACUGGUUGUGGGCAGUUUGCUCAGCCCCACUGAGAAGGGGAACUUUAUCCUAACUGUCCUGGAGGGCAUGACGCAUCCGAAGGUCUCUAACAUCGAGGUGGUUGCCAACACGUGUAAUGAGGUCCUGACAGAUAAGAGCUCUUGGAUCUUGGUGAUGCCACAGAUUGUGCAGAGCAUCUGUUACCAUCUCGAGUCAGACAUCACUGAGUCGCUCCGGGACAUCGUGAUCCGGACCCUUUUGCAGAUCACGCGCUCGCACCCACAGUGCAUAGUCCGGACUAUGCUGCGUGACAUCCCGUGGUGCAACAGGUCUUUCACAAUCGUGUGGCAGACAGUGGCCUCUGAAUCCAGCCUUGCAGUGGUUACGGUGAACAGCCUGCUGAAGGAAUGGCCACACUCUGGGCACGAUAGCAUUGCUUCAGGCCACAGCUGCACCACUCACCUGACUAUACGCCAUGCCAUGCACACAAUCCUGCAUCUGCCCUCCACAAAAGGCUGUGCAUUGCUGUUGAUGCGCAAGCUGUACGGGCCACUGCUCUUUGAGGUAUCCUUUGCCCUGCAGUGCUCACAGUCUGGCUGCUUCAACCUGGACAGAAAUACAACAAACAAUGCGUCAUGUGCGAAUGACAUCAGGUUUGCGGUGGAGAAUGUGAAAGCUCUUUUCCAUCACCUGAUGGAUGACAGUGUGGUGGAGGACAUCGGGAAGCAGGGCGGCUGGAACAUGCUUAUGAACCUUGAGACCUAUCACAAAGGCGUGGCUGUGCUGACCAGGGCGCUAGCAAACAUGGGAUCACACUGCUGUGCCAUGGUGUUGGAAGAAACACUCAUAACACUCUGCCAGAGACGGGAGCACAGUGAAGUCGGGGCCAUGGCUGUGUUCACUGAGCUGCUGGACUGCGUUGGGAUCACUGAGAUCACGGAUUACGUUCGCAGGAGCAGCAUCCUGAGCCUUCUCCAGUCACAUCUGCAGAAUCAGAACUCAGUGAUGCGUGAAUUGGCUGCCACCAGCUUGAUCAAGCUGUCUGCAUUACACACAUUGGCAGUAGCUCUGCAAGACCUGCUACCAGGGAUCACGCAGCAACUGCAGGAUGCUCCCUGCGACACUGGUGCAGCGGCCAUGACUGUCCUCCACAACAUGCUGCCCCAAUCAGACAAGCAGAGGAUGGCAUCCAUUGCCCUACAGCUGCCUGAGCUACUAGUGCCCUUCUUCUUAAAUGAGUCCGGACGCAUAAGGCAGCUCUCCAUCCUUCUCUGCAAGGAUGCCAUGGAGAUGGCAAAGGGCAUCUGCACAUGGAACAUGAAGAAGGAAGUGCGCAACAUCCUCCUGCCUCUCUUCUUCCACCUGCAUGACCAGGACCAGAGCGUGGCUCAGGCCUCUCAGGAAGCCCUUCUUUGCGCGGCCAAGCUCCUGAAGCAAAGGCGUCUCCAACAUCUGCUGAAGAACAAGCAGCUGCAAAGCAUUGGCGAGUGCCUGCUGGCCAGCUACUGCAGCAGAGCCGACCAAUUCCUGGAGCAGAGCCUGCUCUACCUGCAGAGCCUGCAGGAAACCCUGCGACUGGAGGCCGUGAGGUUCAUCGGUGAGCCACGAGGCUGA